UUUACCCAUGGGGGGGUUAAUUUUUAAAAAGAUUAAUACUUAAGCUUAGCUUUAUAUUCUCUAGGAAUUAUCCCUCUUUCAAAAUGGCUUGAUAAAACACCACUUCCUGUCCAGAGAGGAAGUUAUUUUAGCUCAAGGACUGAAAUAUUUAGCAGAUCUUUAGACAAAAGGAACAAAUUACAUUUCUCUCUGGCUUAAAAAGGGUGCUUGAGCCAGAGGGGGUUAAGAAACCCUCCCUCCUCCCCUUGAUGGGGUGGUCUGGAGGGGCAGGGAGGUGUGGGGGUAGGGGUCCUCAGGCUCCCUGGGAUGGAGGAUCUUUUUUUUUCUUUUCUUUUUUUUUUUUUUUUGGUGGAGAUGAAGGGGUGGGUCUAUGGUACAUCACCUGAGUUGUGGGGUAAAUGUAGAGAGUGUCAAUCAAAGGCAGAGCUCUCAGAGCUGGGAAGGAGGCUCUAGAUGGCGGCUGUGCCUUAGAGAGAGCGCGCUCUGCUCCCUGCCUUCGCCUCACUUUACGCAACUUUCCCUAACUUUCGGGCAGCCUCAGGGGGCCCCCGCAGCCCCCUGCCUCUCCUAGUGACUUGCUGGGGUCGAUUCGAACCUUUUUAAGGGAGAAAAGCAGCUUUUAGGAGCUUUCUUUUCGUGCCUUGUUGGAAAGAAGCAGCCGUACUGAGAGCCCAGGUCGUUGUUUUUUCCAGCUUAGAAGCCAUGGCGCACCUCCAUUUUUGUGCGCUCUCCUAAUGAGGUUUUUUUCCUUCCGGACCCGUUUUGGUAUUAAUUGUUGCUUUAUUUUUUUGGCCAGUUAACAUAUUGGAGGAUUAUUUUAUUUAUUUUUCGUUUUUGUAACGGAGAAUUUUGUUUUUAUUUUUAAUUAUUUGGGAUCUGAUAUUUUUCUACUACUAGAUAGGACUCUUGCUUUGGACCUACUACAUGGAUCAGUAAAUACCUGGGCACAGGACUUCAAAGCAAACACAGAUUCCCCCUCCCCCUUAAUAUUUAAGAAUUAAAAGAUGAUGAGAAAUAAGGACAAAAGCCAAGAGGAGGACAGUUCGCUACACAGCAAUGCAUCGAGUCACUCAGCAUCUGAAGAAGCUUCCGGUUCAGACUCAGGCAGCCAGUCGGAGAGUGAGCAGGGCAGUGAUCCAGGAAGUGGACAUGGCAGUGAGUCAAAUAGCAGUUCUGAGUCUUCAGAGAGCCAGUCGGAAUCUGAAAGUGAGUCGGCGGGUUCCAAAUCCCAGCCAGUCCUUCCAGAAGCCAAAGAGAAGCCAGCCUCUAAGAAGGAACGGAUAGCGGAUGUGAAGAAGAUGUGGGAAGAAUAUCCUGAUGUUUAUGGGGUUAGGAGGUCAAACCGAAGCAGACAAGAACCAUCACGAUUUAAUAUUAAGGAGGAGGCAAGUAGCGGGUCUGAGAGUGGGAGCCCAAAAAGAAGAGGCCAGAGGCAGCUGAAGAAACAAGAAAAAUGGAAACGGGAACCCUCAGAAGAUGAACAGGAACAAGGCACCAGUGCAGAGAGCGAACCAGAGCAAAAAAAAGUGAAAGCCAGAAGACCUGUCCCCAGAAGAACAGUGCCCAAACCUCGUGUUAAAAAGCAGCCGAAGACUCAGCGUGGAAAGAGAAAAAGGCAGGAUUCUUCCGAUGACGAUGAUGAAGAUGACGAAGCUCCUAAAAGGCAGACUCGUCGCAGAGCGGCUAAAAAUGUUAGUUACAAGGAAGACGAUGACUUUGAGACCGACUCCGAUGACCUCAUUGAGAUGACUGGAGAAGGAGCAGACGAGCAGCAGGAUAAUAGUGAAACUAUUGAAAAGGUCUUAGACUCAAGGCUGGGAAAGAAAGGAGCCACUGGAGCUUCUACUACUGUAUAUGCGAUCGAAGCUAAUGGAGACCCUAGUGGUGACUUUGACACUGAAAAGGAUGAAGGCGAAGUCCAGUACCUCAUCAAGUGGAAGGGUUGGUCUUACAUCCACAGCACAUGGGAGAGCGAAGAAUCCUUACAGCAGCAGAAAGUGAAGGGCCUAAAAAAAUUAGAGAACUUCAAGAAGAAAGAGGAUGAAAUCAAGCAAUGGUUAGGAAAAGUCUCUCCUGAAGAUGUGGAAUAUUUUAACUGCCAACAAGAGCUGGCCUCAGAGUUGAACAAACAGUAUCAGAUAGUUGAAAGAGUAAUUGCUGUGAAGACCAGCAAAUCUACACUGGGUCAGACAGAUUUUCCAGCUCAUAGUCGGAAGCCGGCACCUUCAAAUGAACCUGAAUAUCUAUGCAAAUGGAUGGGAUUGCCCUAUUCAGAGUGUAGCUGGGAAGAUGAAGCUUUGAUUGGCAAGAAGUUCCAGAGCUGCAUUGACAGCUUCCAUAGUCGGAACAACUCGAAAACCAUCCCGACGAGAGAAUGCAAGGCCUUGAAGCAGAGACCACGAUUUGUGGCUUUAAAGAAACAACCGGCAUAUUUAGGAGGGGAGAAUCUGGAGCUCCGUGAUUAUCAGCUAGAAGGCCUCAACUGGCUUGCUCAUUCCUGGUGCAAAAGUAACAGUGUAAUCCUUGCUGAUGAAAUGGGCCUAGGAAAGACCAUCCAGACCAUAUCAUUCCUCUCCUACCUGUUCCACCAACACCAGCUGUAUGGCCCCUUUCUUAUAGUCGUCCCUUUAUCCACCCUCACCUCAUGGCAGAGGGAGUUUGAAAUCUGGGCACCAGAGAUUAACGUAGUGGUUUACAUAGGUGACCUGAUGAGCAGAAAUACGAUACGGGAGUAUGAAUGGAUUCAUUCUCAGACUAAAAGACUCAAGUUCAAUGCACUUAUAACAACAUAUGAGAUCCUCUUAAAAGAUAAGACUGUGCUGGGCAGUAUUAACUGGGCCUUUCUGGGAGUGGAUGAAGCCCAUCGGUUGAAGAAUGAUGACUCUUUGUUGUAUAAAACUCUGAUUGAUUUCAAGUCCCACCAUAGGCUCCUGAUUACGGGGACCCCUCUUCAGAAUUCCCUCAAAGAGCUCUGGUCCUUGCUGCACUUUAUUAUGCCGGAGAAGUUUGAAUUCUGGGAAGAUUUUGAAGAGGACCAUGGGAAAGGAAGGGAGAAUGGCUACCAGAGUCUCCAUAAGGUCCUGGAGCCCUUCCUCCUCCGGAGGGUCAAAAAGGACGUGGAGAAAUCCCUUCCUGCCAAAGUCGAACAGAUCCUCAGGGUGGAGAUGUCGGCUCUGCAGAAGCAGUAUUACAAAUGGAUUCUGACCAGGAACUACAAGGCUCUUGCCAAAGGGACAAGAGGUAGCACAUCUGGUUUCCUGAAUAUUGUGAUGGAGUUGAAAAAGUGCUGUAACCACUGCUACCUGAUCAAGCCCCCCGAGGAGAAUGAGCGAGAGAAUGGGCAGGAGGUUCUUCUGUCCCUGAUCAGGAGCAGUGGGAAGCUGAUUCUAUUAGAUAAGCUGCUGACAAGACUUCGAGAAAGGGGCAACAGAGUCCUUAUUUUCUCCCAGAUGGUCAGAAUGUUGGACAUCCUGGCCGAGUACUUGACGAUCAAGCACUAUCCUUUCCAGCGUCUGGAUGGUUCCAUCAAGGGAGAAAUCCGAAAACAGGCACUGGACCACUUCAAUGCAGAUGGGUCUGAGGACUUCUGUUUCCUGCUGUCGACAAGGGCUGGUGGCCUGGGAAUCAAUCUGGCUUCGGCGGACACAGUUGUCAUCUUUGACUCCGACUGGAACCCCCAGAACGACUUGCAGGCACAAGCCCGAGCCCAUAGAAUUGGUCAGAAGAAGCAGGUAAAUAUUUACCGCUUGGUUACAAAGGGGACUGUGGAGGAGGAGAUCAUCGAACGGGCCAAAAAGAAGAUGGUAUUGGACCAUCUGGUGAUUCAGCGUAUGGAUACCACUGGCCGGACAGUUCUGGAAAACAACUCAGGAAGGUCCAACUCAAAUCCUUUUAAUAAAGAAGAGCUGACAGCUAUUUUGAAAUUUGGAGCAGAGGAUCUCUUCAAAGAACUGGAAGGGGAGGAGUCAGAGCCUCAGGAAAUGGACAUAGAUGAGAUUUUGCGCUUGGCUGAAACCAGAGAGAACGAAGUGUCAACAAGUGCAACAGAUGAGCUUCUGUCGCAGUUUAAGGUUGCCAACUUCGCAACAAUGGAAGACGAAGAAGAGCUGGAAGAGCGUCCUCACAAGGACUGGGAUGAGAUCAUUCCGGAAGAGCAGAGGAAAAAAGUAGAGGAGGAAGAGCGUCAGAAGGAGCUGGAAGAAAUUUACAUGCUUCCUCGAAUUCGGAGUUCCACUAAAAAGGCUCAGACAAAUGACAGUGACUCUGACACUGAGUCUAAGAGGCAGGCGCAGAGAUCCUCUGCCUCCGAGAGCGAGACGGAUGACUCUGAUGAUGACAAGAAGCCAAAGCGCAGAGGGCGUCCCCGAAGCGUGCGGAAGGACCUUGUCGAGGGAUUUACUGACGCUGAGAUCCGAAGGUUCAUCAAGGCAUAUAAGAAGUUUGGUCUCCCUCUUGAACGGCUGGAGUGCAUAGCACGAGAUGCCGAGCUGGUAGAUAAGUCUGUGGCAGAUCUGAAACGCCUGGGGGAACUGAUUCACAACAGCUGUGUGUCAGCCAUGCAGGAGUACGAAGAGCAGCUGAAGGAAAACGCCAGCGAGGGGAAAGGACCAGGGAAAAAGAGAGGCCCAACAAUCAAAAUAUCGGGGGUCCAGGUUAAUGUGAAAUCCAUUAUACAACAUGAGGAAGAGUUUGAGAUGCUGCACAAAUCGAUCCCUGUGGACCCCGAAGAAAAAAAAAAAUACUGCUUAACUUGUCGAGUGAAAGCUGCACAUUUCGAUGUGGAGUGGGGGGUGGAGGAUGAUUCACGACUUCUCCUGGGAAUUUAUGAACAUGGCUAUGGAAACUGGGAGCUAAUUAAGACCGACCCAGAGCUUAAGUUAACUGACAAAAUUCUGCCCGUGGAGACAGAUAAAAAACCUCAGGGGAAGCAGCUGCAGACCCGAGCGGACUACUUGCUGAAGUUGCUCAGGAAGAGUCUGGAGAAGAAGGGGGCCGUGACGAGCGGGGAAGAGGCCAAAUUAAAGAAGCGGAAGCCUCGAGUAAAGAAGGAAAACAAAGAACCCAGGCUGAAAGAUGAGCAUGGGGUUGAGUUUUCAUCUCCUAGACAUUCAGACAAUCCAUCAGAAGAGGGAGAAGUAAAGGAUGAUGGCUUAGAGAAAAGUCCAAUGAAAAAGAAACAGAAGAAGAAAGAGAACAAGGAGAACAAGGAGAAACAAAUGAGUUCUAGGAAAGACAAAGAAGGGGACAAGGAAAGGAAGAAGUCAAAAGAUAAGAAAGAGAAGCCUAAAGGUGGUGAUGCCAAAUCUUCAAGUAAAUCGAAGCGAUCUCAGGGUCCUGUCCAUAUUACAGCAGGAAGUGAGCCUGUCCCCAUUGGAGAGGAUGAGGAUGAUGAUCUGGACCAGGAGACAUUCAGCAUAUGCAAAGAGCGGAUGAGGCCAGUGAAAAAGGCUCUGAAGCAGCUGGACAAACCCGACAAGGGGCUCAAUGUGCAGGAACAGCUAGAGCACACCCGAAACUGCUUGCUGAAGAUCGGAGACCGGAUAGCCGAGUGCCUUAAAGCCUAUUCAGACCAGGAGCACAUCAAACUCUGGAGAAGGAACCUAUGGAUUUUUGUUUCCAAGUUUACAGAAUUUGAUGCUCGAAAAUUGCAUAAGUUAUACAAGAUGGCUCAUAAGAAAAGAUCUCAAGAAGAGGAGGAGCAAAAGAAGAAAGAUGAUGUGAUUGGUGGAAAGAAGCCGUUUCGGCCAGAGGCCUCAGGCUCCAGCCGGGACUCCCUAAUAUCUCAGUCCCACACCCCACACAACCUUCACCCUCAGAAGCCUCACUUGCCCGCCUCCCAUGGCCCACAGAUGCACGGACACCCACGAGAUAACUACAAUCACCCCAACAAGAGACACUUCAGUAACGCAGAUCGAGGAGACUGGCAGAGGGAAAGAAAGUUCAACUAUGGUGGGGGCAACAAUCCUCCUUGGGGUAGCGACAGGCACCAUCAGUACGAGCAGCACUGGUACAAGGACCACCAUUAUGGGGACCGGCGACACAUGGAUGCCCACCGCUCUGGGAGCUAUAGACCCAACAACUUGUCCAGAAAGAGACCUUAUGACCAGUACAGCAGUGACCGAGACCACAGGGGACACAGAGAUUACUACGACAGGCACCAUCAUGACUCCAAGCGGAGGAGAUCCGAUGAAUUUCGGCCUCAAAAUUAUCACCAGCAGGAUUUCCGACGAAUGUCUGACCACCGCCCCCCUAUGGGCUACCAUGGCCAAGGACCCUCGGACCAUUACCGCUCUUUCCACACAGACAAAUUGGGGGAAUAUAAACAGCCCCUGCCCCCCCUGCACCCCGCAGUCUCAGACCCUCGCUCGCCCCCUUCUCAGAAAUCUCCCCAUGAUUCCAAGUCACCCCUGGAUCACAGGUCUCCGUUGGAGAGAUCACUAGAACAGAAAAACAACCCAGAUUAUAACUGGAAUGUUCGGAAAACAUAAAGGACAGCUGGGAAAGAAGGAGAGAGCAAGAGUCAUUAAGCACCUGGAUACUUUUGGUCUGAUCCAAUGGGAGCCAGUUAUCUAGACCAGUGAGUGGAGUUUCUGGACAUGCUGCUGCUGUCAGCUUGCCGGCCGAAGAAGCGCCUCGAGGAGUGGGGGGCCUUUCACUCGGUCCAGCUUGGGUUUGGGUCGCCACUCCUGCACUUUGACACCCCAUCCCAUUCUAGCCUGGUUCUAGCCUGUCACUGCGAUGGGUGCUAGGAGGAGGUGGUGACUUGUGUGUACCAGCUUCGCGGGCUGUGUUUCCCCAGUGAAGGAAGACGGGAUCUUAGAGUCGUGAUACUUUGUUGCCGGGGUCCCUGUGCCCUGAGCCUGGGUGUGGGGGGCUGGGUAGGAGCGUGUGUGUGCCGGCUGCCGGGAUCUGCUGGACGGCACACGAUUGCUUCACUGUGAUGUGACAUGCUGCUGACAGGGAGCGGGGCUUGGGUCUCGCCUCGUGGGACUUAAAGGGGAGUGGUCACACUCCUCAGACAUGUUCUUGGGAGAAACCAUACACUUGGGCCUCAUCAUGACAUCUGUGGUACAGGAAGACAGAGGGGAACAGCUUCCACGGCGGCCCCUUCCUGACCGACACUAAUUUUUCCCACACUAUCUAUACAUUUCAAAGGCUUGGUCUCCGCCGUGGGCCUCCUUCGCCCUGGUGCCAGGGAGGCGAGGGCCCGUCUGCGGACUCCUGAGUACUGUGAGCAGCCGGCACUGGCGUUGGCGUGGGUCUUCCUUGGUUGGGAGUGGGCUGAAAGCGGGGCUGGGGUGGGGGCGGUGUGGCCAGGGACCCGGAAUCCCCGAUGGAUUUCUGAUU